CUCCCCACACCUCCCUCCCCCAGAAAACAGAUACUGGGGGCUCCGAAAAGGGCGAAGGGCCGUAAAUCAGAGUUGGACCUGUAAUUCUCCCCGCACCUAGGGGGCAACCAUGACCGAGGAGAGCUCCGACAUUCCCCGGGAGUUGAUAGAAAGCAUAAAGGAUGUGAUUGGCAGAAAGAUAAAAAUUGCAGUGAAGAAGAAAGUAAAGUUGGAACUGAAAGGAGACAAAGUUGAAAAUAAAGUACUGGUGCUUACAUCAUGCCGAGCCUUCCUUGUCACAGCUCGAAUCCCUACUAAGCUCGAGCUAACCUUCAGCUACCUGGAGAUUCAUGGCGUCAUCUGUAGCAAGCCAGCUCAGAUGGUUGUGGAAACUGAGAAAUGCAACAUUUCCAUGAAGAUGGCAUCUCCAGAAGACGUGAGUGAUGUGCUGGCACACAUUGGCACGUGCCUGCGGAAGAUCUUUCCUGGCCUCUCUCCAGUGAGAAUCAUGAAAAAAGUCUCCAUGGAGCCAUCUGAGCGCCUGGCCAGCCUCCAGGCUCUGUGGGACAGCCAGACCGUGGCAGAGCAGGGCCCCUGUGGUGGAUUUUCUCAGAUGUAUGCCUGUGUUUGUGACUGGCUUGGAUUCUCAUACAAGGAAGAAGUACAAUGGGAUGUGGAUACGAUUUAUCUAACACAAGACACCAGGGAAUUGAAUUUGCAGGAUUUCAGUCAUCUUGAUCACAGAGACUUAAUACCUAUCAUCGCUGCUCUGGAAUACAAUCAGUGGUUCACAAAGCUGUCCUCUAAGGAUCUAAAAUUGUCUACUGAUGUUUGUGAGCAGAUCUUGAGAGUGGUGAGUAGGUCUAAUCGACUAGAAGAAUUGGUAUUGGAAAAUGCUGGACUUAGAACAGAUUUUGCACAAAAACUGGCUGGUGCUCUAGCACAUAAUCCCAACUCAGGACUUCACACUAUUAACCUUGCUGGCAACCCACUGGAGGAUAGAGGUGUGGCCUCUUUAAGUAUUCAAUUUGCCAAACUCCCAAAGGGACUGAAGCAUUUAAAUUUAUCUAAAACCUCACUGUCACCUAAAGGGGUGAAUAGCCUUUCUCAGUCACUCAGUGCCAAUCCAUUGACUGCCUCCACCCUUCUCCAUCUCGACCUCUCAGGGAAUAUCCUUCGAGGAGAUGACCUCUCGCACAUGUACAGUUUUUUGGCCCAGCCAAAUGCCAUUGCUCAUCUGGAUUUAUCCAAUACAGAAUGUUCCCUGGAUAUGGUCUGUGGAGCUCUUCUCCGUGGAUGCCUUCAAUAUUUAGCAGUGCUCAAUCUCUCCAGAACUGUUUUCUCUCACCGGAAAGGAAAAGAAGUCCCACCAUCUUUCAAGCAGUUUUUUAGUAGUUCUCUAGCUUUGAUGCAAAUCAACCUGUCUGGCACAAAACUGUCUCCUGAGCCUUUAAAAGCACUAUUACUGGGCCUGUCUUGUAAUCAUAGCUUGAAGGGGGUUUCUCUUGAUCUCAGCAACUGUGAGCUGAGGUCAGGAGGGGCUCAAGUCUUGGAAGGUUGCAUUGCUGAAGUACACAAUAUCACCCGCUUAGACAUCUCUGACAAUGGUUUAGAAUCUGACCUAUCUACCUUAAUAGUGUGGCUCAGUAAGAACAGAUCAAUACAGCACCUGGCGUUAGGCAAAAAUUUUAAUAAUAUGAAAUCCAAAAAUCUGACACCUGUAUUGGACAACUUAGUACAGAUGAUUCAAGAAGAAGACUCACCUCUUCAGUCCUUAUCCCUGGCUGACUCCAAACUCAAGACUGAUGUCACCAUCAUCAUCAAUGCCCUGGGAAGCAACACUUCUUUGACCAAAGUGGACAUCAGUGGGAAUGGGAUGGGGGACAUGGGAGCAAAGAUGCUUGCCAAAGCCCUGCAGAUCAACACCAAGCUCAGGACUGUAAUAUGGGACAAGAACAAUAUCACUGCACAAGGCUUUCAAGAUAUAGCUGUUGCUAUGGAAAAGAACUACACAUUGAGAUUUAUGCCAAUUCCCAUGUAUGAUGCUUCUCAAGCUCUUAAAACGAAUCCUGAGAAAACAGAAGAGGCUCUACAAAAGAUAGAAAACUACCUGCUACGGAAUCAUGAGACCAGAAAGUACCUUCAAGAGCAGGCUUACCGACUCCAGCAGGGGAUAGUCACCAGCACCACCCAGCAGAUGAUUGACAGGAUAUGUGUGAAAGUACAAGAUCAUCUCAACUCCUUACGAAAUUGUGGGGGAGAUGCUAUCCAGGAAGACUUAAAAUCAGCAGAACGGCUCAUGCGUGAUGCUAAGAACUCUAAAACGUUGUUACCAAAUUUAUACCAUGUUGGUGGUAUGUCUUGGGCAGGAGCCAGUGGCUCAUUAUCCAAUCCAAUUCAAGAGACGCUGGAAUCAAUGGCUGGAGAAGUUACAAGAGUUGUAGAUGAACAACUAAAGGCUUUACUCGAAUCCAUGGUUGAUGCCGCUGAGAACCUUUGUCCCAAUGUGAUGAAAAAAGCCCACAUUCGACAAGACUUGAUUCAUGCCAGCACUGAAAAGAUUUCCAUUCCACGUACCUUUGUUAAAAAUGUCCUGUUGGAGCAGUCUGGAAUUGAUAUCCUUAACAAAAUUAGUGAAGUGAAGCUGACAGUGGCCUCCUUCCUGUCUGAUCGGAUUGUGGAUGAAAUCCUGGAUGCACUCUCACACUGCCAUCAUAAGCUGGCAGACCAUUUCAGCAGACGCGGCAAAGCUCUUCUUCAUCAAGAGUCCCUAGAAAUCGAACUGGCUGAGGAGAAGCCAGUGAAACGCUCUGUUGUCACAGUGGAGGAGCUAACAGAGGUAGAGCGCUUAGAAGAUCUGGAUACUUGUAUGAUGACCCCCAAAUCCAAAAGGAAGAGCAUCCACAGCCGGAUGCUGCGGCCAGUGUCUAGAGCUUUUGAAAUGGAGUUUGACCUGGAUAAAGCACUGGAAGAGGUGCCAAUUCACAUCGAAGACCCUCCUUUCCCAUCCAUCAGACAGGACAAGCGAAGCUCCGGAUUUAUCUCUGAAUUGCCCUCGGAAGAGGGGAAAAAGCUGGAGCACUUUACAAAGUUAAGGCCAAAGCGAAAUAAGAAGCAGCAGCCCACACAAGCCACGGUCUGUGCUGUCAACAUUGUCUCUCAAGAUGGAGAACAGAAUGGCCUUAUGGGGAGAGUGGAUGAAGGUGUAGAUGAAUUUUUCACCAAGAAAGUGACCAAACUGGAUUCCAGGAGAUCCUCUUCCAGAGGCUCUGAGUCCCAGGAGCUUGGGGAAGGAGGAGAAGAAAAGAAAAAACGAGACUCUCGGAAAAGUGGCUUUCUCAAUUUAAUCAAAGUCCGGUCCAAGUCAGAGCGGCCACCCACGGUGUUGAUGACAGAUGAACCCUCUUCACCAAAAGGCGCUGUGAGAAGUCCAGCUGUGGACACUCCCAGGAGAGACACAAAGGCAGCUGAGCACAAUGGCAGUUUUGAACGCACCGAGGAGAUAAAAACCCCCGACUCCUUUGAAGAGAGUCAAGGGGAAGAAACCGGGAGGCUGGAGCGUGCUGACAGUAGAGGCAGCCCACAGGGAGGGCGGAGAUAUGGGGUCCAGGUGAUGGGCAGUGGUAUGCUGGCAGAGAUGAAGGCCAAGCAGGAGAAGAGAGCCGCCUGUGUGCAGAAGAAGUUUGGGAAUGAUGCCAUCUCCCAGGAUUCUUCUAGCUCAGCCCUGGAACGAUUGGAAGGAGGUGGAGCAGUGCCUAAACUGCAUCCUGGUCUCCCAGAGAACCGCUUUGGUUUGGGGACACCAGAGAAGAACACUAAAACAGAACCCAAAGUGGACAUGGGCUCCAGGUCCCGGAAUUCGUCCAGUACACCUACAAGCCCGAAGCCCCUUCUGCAGUCUCCCAAGCCCAGCCCAGCAGCAAGGCCCACCAUUCCACAGAAACCAAGAACCAUCUCCCGACCUGAAGACAUCCCAGACUCUCCAUCGGGCCCUAGUUCCCCUAAAGUUGCUCUUCUUCCACCUGUCCUGAAAAAAGUUCCCUCAGACAAAGAGAGAGAUGGCCAGAAUAGCCCCCAACCCAGUCCCAGGACAUUUUCACAGGAAGUAGUGCAAAGAGGAGAUUAUUACAAAAGACAUUCAGAUCAUGACAGUGGCAAGCCUUCCAGUAGAGGGAAAAGAUCUUCAAAACUGUACUCCACCAUUGCAGAAGAGGAAGUGAAUGCAUUUGGGCACAGGAAGUCACAGCCAACAAAUGUUUCAAGGAGAAGCUGGGGCCAGCAGGCCCAAGAGAAUCAAGAAAAAAAGCAACGCUCCUCCAGUAGAGAUGGGCCCCCAGGCAGCAGGUCUAGUGACUCCGGAGAAGAGACUGAAAAAGAGUUUAUUUUUGUGUAAAAGUCACCCAAGCAGAAGUCUUCCUGGGUAGGGUGAUUUUGUCAGCCUUCAGAGAGGAACCAAGGGCAACACCUCUUCCCUUCUCUUGGUGCUUUAUUCUGUUCUCUUUUUUUCUUCCUUCUUUUUUCUUUCCUUUUUUUUUUUAAGUGUAAAAACAGAUCAAUUUCUUGAUUAUCAAAGCACUUUUUUUUUUUGCCUUUCCCCUAAUUCUUGGCAUUUGAAUUCUCAAUAUUAUUCCUAUGCCCUCAAUGAAAGCCAGCAAUUAUACCAUGGGCCCUACUUGAAUUUCUCUGAGGCAGCUACAAACUGCCCUGCAAGAUGAAUUUUCAGAGGUUAACAAAGUAACUGGAUCCACAGUCACACAAGUAACUUCAUCCAGUAGACCAUAGGGGUACUGCUGAAUGCACUUGUGUCAAAUCUGCACAUAAUUCAAUAUAGCAAUUUAUUCUUGAUGUACGCAAUUGCACAUUGUAAUUAUAUUAACAGAGCACACUAAUAAAUAAUUUGUAUAAAUUAUAUAUAUUAGAUCUUGGGUAUGAUUUUUUUACAUUAUCCCAUGGAGAACUUCUUUCCUCCUGAUAUGGAAUUGUAUAUUAAAAGCUUGGUUGGUGACCUUCACAUACCAUCAACAAUCACAGCUUAAGAACAGAGUGAGAUAGGCCAAUGGCUUAUUUUACCAUGUGCCCAGAUUAGUGUAUAUACCCGAUUGAAAUGAGGUUUUAUGAAUAUCCAUGUUUUUGAAGGCCUUUAAUGUCUGUCUGCAUAAUAGCUUUUAAUGUGUGAUUUUAAGAGAGAAAUACUUUGACACCUGUAAAAUAUUAAAAUACAGUUCUUUAUAAGACAUUUCACAAAUAUUCACUUACAUUACAGGCUGAAGGUAUUUUAUUCAUAUGUAUUAUAUUUAUACCAAUAAAAUGAUUUUACAAGUGGAAUUUUUUUACCUUCUCUGGUUUUUUUAAAGUUAGGAUUGGCUUAUGUUGGUGACUUGAAAUUUGUUUCUAAGAUCUAAAAUAAUUACCAUUCUUAGACCUGGGAAACAUCUGCAAAAUACAUAUAAUUUGCUAAUUCUU